GGGAGGUGGCGCCAGGGCCGCUGUUCCUCUGCCUUUGCCAGCCUGGAGGCUCCUGGCCGCUGGUGCGAUCUCCCUCAGUAGAGCAGAGGAUGCCGGUGAGGCACCCGGCGGCGGGCCUCUGGAGAUCGAGUGGAGACUGGAGCUUUGCAGGCUGAAGCCUUGACCACAGGUGGCGGAGCCGCGGCCUGAGGUGGACUCUGUGGCCGCCAGAGCGGGGUGCUGUGCAGGAACCGUUGGCCCCGGGAGUGAAGGAGCACUUGAGGAGGUUUCAGCAGGCCUGGCGCCCAAGCUCCCCGAGUGUGGAUCGAGGGACUGGGCGCGAUGAGGAGCAGGAGUAACUCGGGAGUCCGCCUGGACGGCUAUGCGAGGCUGGUGCAUCAGACCAUCCUGUGCCAUCAGAAUCCAGUGACAGGCUUGCUUCCGGCAAGCUAUGACCAGAAAGAUGCCUGGGUCCGAGAUAAUGUGUACAGCAUCCUGGCUGUGUGGGGUUUGGGCAUGGCAUAUCGGAAGAAUGCAGACCGUGAUGAGGACAAGGCAAAGGCCUAUGAACUGGAGCAGAGUGUGGUGAAGUUAAUGAGGGGACUGCUGCACUGCAUGAUGAGACAGGUGGAUAAAGUAGAGUCCUUCAAGUAUAGUCAGAGUACUAAAGACAGCCUGCAUGCCAAGUACAACACCAAAACUUGUGCCACUGUAGUGCGUGAUGACGAGUGGGGACACCUGCAGUUGGAUGCUACUUCUGUGUACCUGCUCUUCCUAGCACAGAUGACUGCCUCAGGACUCCAUAUCAUCCACAGCCUAGAUGAAGUCAAUUUUAUACAGAACCUUGUGUUUUACAUUGAAGCUGCAUAUAAAACUGCUGACUUUGGGAUAUGGGAGCGUGGAGACAAGACCAACCAAGGGAUCUCAGAAUUGAAUGCGAGUUCAGUGGGAAUGGCCAAGGCAGCCCUGGAAGUACUAGAUGAAUUAGAUUUGUUUGGUGUGAAAGGUGGGCCGCAAUCAGUCAUCCAUGUCCUGGCCGAUGAAGUACAACACUGCCAGUCGAUCUUAAAUUCCCUACUGCCCCGGGCUUCAACAUCCAAGGAAGUUGAUGCCAGUUUGCUCUCAGUGAUCUCCUUCCCAGCCUUUGCUGUAGAGGACAACCAUUUGGUGGAGCUCACCAAACAGGAGAUCAUUACCAAACUUCAGGGUCGUUAUGGUUGCUGUCGUUUUCUACGAGAUGGAUAUAAAACUCCUAAAGAGGAUCCCAAUCGCCCGUACUAUGAACCAGCUGAGCUGAAGCUAUUUGAAAACAUUGAAUGUGAAUGGCCAUUGUUCUGGACAUACUUUAUCCUUGAUGGGAUCUUCAGUGGCAACACAGAACAGGUUCAAGAAUAUAGAGAGGCUCUUGAAGCAGUCCUCAUCAAGGGCAAAAAUGGAUUACCACUUCUUCCAGAGCUGUACAGUGUCCCUCCUGACAGGGUUGAUGAAGAGUAUCAAAAUCCUCACACUGUGGAUCGAGUCCCUAUGGGAAAAUUGCCUCACAUGUGGGGUCAGUCUCUAUACAUUUUAGGAAAUUUGAUGGCAGAGGGAUUUUUAGCUCCUGGAGAAAUUGAUCCCCUGAAUCGUAGGUUUUCUACUGUGCCAAAGCCAGAUGUGGUGGUUCAAGUCUCCAUUCUAGCUGAAACAGAAGAAAUCAAGGCCAUUUUGAAGGAAAAGGGAAUUGAUGUAGAGACCAUUGCUGAGGUCUACCCCAUCAGAGUACAGCCGGCUCGUAUUCUCAGCCACAUUUAUUCCAGUCUUGGAUGCAAUAAUAGAAUGAAACUCAGUGGACGACCCUACAGGCUCAUGGGUGUGCUUGGAACAUCAAAACUCUAUGACAUCCGCAAAACUAUCUUUACUUUCACUCCGCAGUUCAUAGACCAGCAACGGUUUUACUUGGCUCUGGACAACCAGAUGAUAGUAGAAAUGCUCAGAACAGAUCUCUCCUACCUCUGUAGCCGCUGGAGGAUGACAGGCCAGCCCACCAUCACUUUCCCCAUCUCACACAGCAUGCUUGAUGAAGGUGGAACCAGCUUGGAUUCAAGUAUCCUGGCCGCACUGCGAAAAAUGCAGGAUGGCUAUUUUGGUGGGGCAAGGAUCCAAACAGGUAAAUUGUCGGAGUUUUUGACAACAUCUUGCUGCACACACUUAAGCUUCAUGGACCCUGGACCUGAGGGUAAGCUGUACAGUGAAGACUAUGAUGAAGACUAUGAUGAUGAGCUGGAAUCUGACAACUGGAUGAAUAGCUAUGAUGCAGCGAGUAAUGCUCGCUGUGGUGACGAAGUUGCUCGUUAUUUAGAUCACCUUUUGGCUCGCACUGUUCCCCAUCCUAAACUCUCUACUACCUCCCGGAAGGGAGGGCUAGAUCGGUUCCGAGCUGCUGUGCAAACAACUUGCGACUUAAUGUCCUUGGUGACCAAGGCCAAGGAGCUGCAUGUACAGAAUGUGCACAUGUAUCUUCCUACGAAGUUAUUUCAGCCUUCUCGCCCUUCUCUCAGCUUGCUUGACUCACCUCAGUCUCCACAAGAUAACCAGGUUCCUUCUGUUCGUGUAGAAAUGCAUCUUCCUAGAGACCAGUCUGGAGAAGUGGACUUCCAGUUACUGGUUUCCAAGUUGAAGGAGACCUCAAGCUUACAGGAACAAGCUGAUAUACUCUACGUGCUCCAUACAAUGAAAGGACCUGACUGGAACACUGAAAUGUAUGAAGAAGGGGGUGCUACUGUCAGAGAGCUUCUUAGUGAACUAUAUGGCAAAGUUGGUGAAAUUCGUCACUGGGGUCUGAUCCGAUACAUCUCUGGGAUCUUACGGAAGAAGGUGGAGGCACUUGAUGAGGCCUGCACAGACCUUCUGUCCUACCAGAAACACUUGACAGUAGGACUUCCUCCAGAACCUCGAGAGAAGACCAUCUCUGCACCUCUACCGUACGAGGCACUCACCAAGCUCAUAGAUGAAGCCAGCGAGGGAGACAUGAAUAUCUCAAUCCUUACACAGGAAAUAAUGGUCUACCUUGCCAUGUAUAUGAGGACUCAGCCUGGCCUCUUUGCUGAAAUGUUCCGGCUUCGAAUUGGACUGAUAAUACAAGUUAUGGCAACAGAACUGGCCCACUCUCUUCGAUGUUCAGCUGAAGAAGCCACAGAAGACCUGAUGAAUCUCAGUCCUUCAGCCAUGAAGAACCUCCUGCAUCACAUUCUCAGUGGCAAAGAGUUUGGAGUGGAACGAAGUGUUCAUCCCACUCAUUCAAACGUGAGUCCUGCUAUUUCCAUCCAUGAGAUUGGGGCUGUUGGAGCAACAAAAACAGAACGAACUGGAAUAAUGCAGUUAAAAAGUGAGAUAAAGCAGGUGGAGUUUCGUAGACUGUCCAUCUCAACUGAGAACCAGAUGGAAUUUCGCAGACUGUCUAUCUCAGCUGAGAGUCAGAGUAAUGGUGGUCAUCCCUCAGGUAUAGAUUUGAUGUCACCGUCCUUUCUGUCCCCUGCAGCUUGUAUUGCUGCAAGUACUGGAUCCUUUCCGACCGUGUGUGGUCCACAGACAUCUAAAGACAGCCGUCAAGGUCAGUGGCAACGCCGGAGAAGGCUGGAUGGAGCACUAAACAGAGUUCCAAUCGGAUUUUAUCAAAAAGUAUGGAAAAUUUUGCAAAAAUGUCACGGGCUUUCUGUGGAAGGUUUUGUUCUUCCUUCUUCAACCACUAGGGAGAUGACUCCAGGCGAGAUUAAAUUUUCAGUCCAUGUGGAGUCUGUCUUGAACCGUGUACCUCAGCCAGAGUACCGCCAACUUCUGGUUGAAGCCAUUCUUGUUCUCACCAUGCUGGCAGAUAUUGAAAUUCAUAGCAUUGGAAGCAUCAUUGCUGUGGAAAAAAUAGUCCAUAUUGCCAAUGACUUGUUCCUUCAAGAACAGAAAACCCUCGGCGCAGAUGAUACCAUGUUGGCAAAGGAUCCCGCAUCUGGCAUCUGUACUCUUCUGUAUGACAGUGCACCCAGUGGCAGAUUUGGCACCAUGACCUACCUUUCCAAGGCAGCUGCCACCUAUGUGCAGGAGCUUCUGCCACACAGCCUCUGUACCAUGCAGUGAUGGACGUGGGUUGUGGCUGAUUGUGCAUGGAACUGAAAUGUUCAUACCUGAUCACCCCCCCCCCCCGCCCCAAUGCCCAUUUCCUGCCCCAUCCCUCCCAGGAAGAGAGAACUUUGGUGAGAAUCUCGUUACUUUGUAAGAACCCUUACCUGGAGACCUACCUCUAGUGUGAAGGUUCAGCCAGGCCUACAAUCACUAUCUCUCUUCUUUUAUGAGUCAUAAAAGUCUGAGUGUGUUUUUACUCAGUAGAGCUGCUACCAACUUAGUUUUCUAACUCCUGUUUGGGAGCACAUUUUAAUAAUUUAGUCCUGAAGCUUUGUUUUCUUAUUUGAGAUUAGUUAGUUUGUUUGUUUGCUUGGUUUUGUGUGUGUGUGUGUGUGUGUGUGUGUGUGUGUAUGAGUGGUGGGUAUUGAAUGGGCCCAUUAUAUUAAGAAAAUAGAUGCUAAGUUGGAGUUUAUGCUACAGUAAAUUGGAAAUGUCUACUCUAAGUGCCUUUAUUUAGAUUGUGGCUUCCAUCUUUGCUCAAAAGUUGCUUCGCUCUGAGUGAUGAAAUGGUUUCUUUGUAGAAAUACUGUCCUUUCUGUACCUGCCCACAAUGCCUACCCUCCCUGUGGUGAAAUAUUAAAAAAUUUAAGCUCA